ACAAGAUACACAACCCGAACCUAAACCCGAAAUCAACCAAAACCCAUCAUCAUCAUCCACAUUCGAAAACAAUGUGGUGCCAUUUUUACAAAACGAGACUCACCACCACAGGAGGGUCCAUUCCGAGGUGAGCUUCGACACUAUGACGAUGAUUAUGACGUCAGAUCCGAUUGGUGGUGGUGAGGAGGAGAUUCGGUCAGAGGAUGACUUGUUUUCCACAUACAUUGACGUCGACAAGUUAACUGCCGAAGGAGGAGGAGGUAAUGGUAAUGGUAAUGGUAAUGGGAAUUGUAAUGGUGACAGUGGACAAAACGGUGCGGAUCAAAGUGGGACAACUACGACGUCGUGUAAGGGACGACAUAAUAGGCACAGGCAUACUGGUUCUAUUGAUGGAUAUGGCGAGAUAAUGGAAGCUAAAAAAGCCAUGACUCCUGAUAAAUUAGCUGAGCUUUGGAAUGUUGAUCCCAAACGAGCCAAAAGAAUAUUGGCAAAUCGGCAGUCAGCUGCUCGUUCAAAAGAGAGAAAGGCUCGUUAUAUAAUAGAACUUGAACGCAAAGUUCAGAAACUUCAAACUGAAGCCACAACUCUUUCCGCCCAGCUCACUUUGUUUCAGAGGGAUACAACGGGUUUGAGUAGCGAAAAUACAGAGCUAAAGCUUCGGCUACAAGCGAUGGAGCAACAAGCUCAGUUUUGUGAUGCUCUCAAUGAAGCGUUGACGAAGGAAGUUGAGAGGCUUAAGAUUGCUACUGGGGAAAUAAUGAAUUCCUCUGAAUCGUAUAAUUCGAGAAUACAGUCAAUGCCGUACAACAAGUCGAACAUUGUUGUAGUUGUGCAACAACCAGGUUCAAUUGCUGGCCACCAGAAUUUGCAGUUGCCACUGAUGAAUCAUCCGCAAUCAAGCCUGACCCUGACGGAUCAUCAUCCACAUCAAACAAAGUCUCACCCCAUGUCUGAUAUUUCACAAAAUGACUCAGUUGGUCGAUUACAAGGGCUUGACAUCUGUAAUAGUAGUAAAGGAUCGAGUUUUGUGAAAUCCGAAGGCCCUUCUCUUUCUGCAAGUGAAAGUAGCACCACAUUUUGACACCAUUCGACUGUUGUUGUUAACUCAUCCAUGGUGUGGAUUUGUAGUAUAUUGUUAAUAUUAAGUUGUUUAGUCAAAGUAUUUUGAACUUUUACUACUAUUCAUUUCAUUC